GAGAGGGGCCCUGAGAGGGAGGAGACCCGGUGACCCUGUGAAUCUGGAAUGGGGGUGUGGAUAGAGAGUCCUGAAGAGGGAAUUCCUGACACCUUCCCCAAUUCCUUUUCCUGCCCUUUGGCCCCACGUGACUCUUAGGGGGCUGUGGCCGGGAGAAGGAGGUUUAUUGCUCUCCUUCCCCCAGCAGAAUUUGCUUCCUAGGAAUGCCCUCAGACACCUCUGUUUCCAUCUAGGCACAGGACUUUCUCAGUGGCCAUCCACACUGGGCUAGAUCCUUACUGACACACAGAUGCUUUGUGGGGGGCCAUGUUUUCUACAUUGAGUCUGUCUGUGCCUUUGACAUGUUUAAUGGCUUAUGUGCAGCUAGCUUCUCCCUGUGCUAUCCAUGGUUUGUGGAGAAACUGUGUGUUAUUUUCCAUCAGAAUUGCCCAUUCUCUUCUCUUAUGUUCAUGUCUCAUGUCCAGUCUUGACAUUGUUCAGGUGUGUGAGUUUUGUAUAUUGCAUCCAUUAUGUGGUUUCAUGUUUCUUGCACAUUUUAUGCUUUUGCAUGUUUACUUCUGCAUGUAAAGAUCAAGCCUUGUUUUGGUUCAUAUCUCGUAUAUUAUAUGUCCAUGAUGCUGUCGUAUGCGAUAGUCCUCAUGUGUGGGAUCCUGUGGUUUAGUUGACUAGUGUACACUCCUGUUGUGAUCGGGUUGACCUGUUUGCUGCAUGUGUUUUCCUAGUCAGAGUACACACGACAUCUAUGCGUGAUUCUUUGCUUAUUUAUCAUAUUUACGCUGAUGUGACAUGUCCACAGCAUCUGUGCUUUUGGUUAUACAUACUACAUAAAUUUCAUAAUUUUAUUGGCAGUAUAUUUUUGUGAGUCAUAUAUAUGCACAUUAACCCAUUUGGCAGUCCGUGGUGCUUAUUAAUCCUUGGACAUUUCUGCUCUGAAGAGGGUCACUUAAUGCCAUGUAUUAGAGAAAAAGGCGACAAGCCUACAUGUCCCCAGAAAACCAUCCCCAGAUGCCUUACCUUGCUGACCUUCCUGGCCUGUGUUUCUUCACAUACAUUCUCUCUCCAGUGGCUAUGGACAGCCUGUCUUCAUGGAGCUCAGUGCAUCCCAUGGGGUCAGCCCUGCUGUGCACAUUAUCUGUUUCCCACUCUUUUUGCACAGUUAGCAUCUUUUUGAUGACAGCCUCAUCUCUCCCCUGUGGCAUGUUAAUCCUCAUGCUGUGUUUCUCUUCUGUAUGAGGUGGGAUGCUCCAUCUUAAUUGUUGGUACUUUCCCUUCAAUGUGAUGGUAUAUUGUAUGUGCAUAUUUCAGAGUAGGUUACGGUUAGGCUUCUUAGGUUCAUUGUUUCUUGGUGACUUAUCUUUUCACAGUUAACAGUUCUCGAGAGUGUAGCUAUCUGAUUCCUGAUCAUCUCUGUCAUUAAUUAUGGCUGUGUGGGUGUGCACUCAGCAUUAUAAUCUGUUCCACAGAUGUUUAUUGAGCCACCUCUCUGCCUCCUUCUGUCCGGGGUGUUGGGAGUGCCUACCCUCAAGCUGCUUACAGACUGGGAAAGGAACAGAAAUGCCAGUGAGCAAUCACAUACACAGUGGUGUCAAAAUCAGUGGCUCUCAGACGUGUGUGCACACCAGACUCACUUGGAGGGCUUGUUAAAAUACAGAUUGUUGGGCCCAAGGCCCAGAAUUUCUGAUUCGGGAGAUCUGGGAUGAGGUCCAAAAAUCCAUGUCUCUACACUUUGAGAUCCAGUGAUCAAGAUAAAAGUGUAAUGAAAACUUAGGCCAGGUGGGGUUCAAGAAGGCUUCCAAAGUGUGAUGCUGAGCUGUGUGAGGCAAGUGAAGAGGCGGAAGGGCAUUCCAGCCAAGGGAACAGCCUGUUCACAGCACAGAAGCAUGAAGGAUUGUGGUGUGUCUGAGGAACUGGAGUUGGAGUGAAAAAGGCUUUUGUGGGGGUGUGGCCGAAGAUGGAAAGAGAAGUCAACUUGCCUAAAGGGCCUGUAAACAAGACAGGGAAAUGCUCAGAUUUGUGUCACAGAAGGAUCCCUGAUUGCCAUGUGGAUGACGAAUUGGAAAAGCAGAGUUAGGAUCCUGUUGCAAAUACUCCACGGGAGAAAUGCUGGUCCAGACUUAACAGGAGCAGUGGGAUAGAACAGCUCAGAGCCUACAGCUGUAGAGUUGGCAGAUUUUCCUGUUUUUCUAGGGCCUAUUAGCCUUCACUGAUUGGCAAUGGACUUACCUUUGAACAUAGACCUUCUUGUCAUUGGAAGGGAGUGCCUGUAGUCUUGCUGGGAGUGACAGGUAACACCAUUUCGUGAUUUCUGACCCUGCCCCCAACAGUGGGGCAGAGUGGAGGAAGGAGGAAGAGCCUAGAAGGCAGGUUCUGUGUGCCUGCCUACACCUCUUCCUCCUGAACUCUGUCCUCUCCCAGAGAAGGUGAUAUGAUGUGUCUUUUACUCUCUGCCCUCCUUUUUUUCCCCCCACUUGGCCAGGCCUUAAAUAUUAUAUCUGCCUGACCAGGUUGCCUGCAGUGUCCCAGGAAGAGGGGGGAAGGGGGCAGAAGGAUUUGUUUGCCUGACUGUGGAGGGAGGAUUGAUAGAUGGUAGCUACUCCUGGUGGCCAGAAUGGAGCUGUGGCCAUGGGUAUGGACUGUGCUGCUGCUGCUGCUCCUGCUGCUGCUCUUCCUGCUGCCCGCCCUUUGGUUCUGCAGCCCCAGUGCCAAAUACUUCUUCAAGAUGGCCUUCUACAAUGGCUGGAUCCUCUUCCUGGCUGUGCUCGCCAUCCCUGUGUGUGCUGUGCGAGGACGCAACGUUGAGAACAUGAAGAUCUUGCGCCUGAUGCUGCUCCACAUCAAAUACCUGUAUGGGAUCCGAGUGGAGGUGCGUGGGGCUCACCACUUCCCUCCCUCACAGCCCUACGUCGUGGUCUCCAACCACCAGAGCUCACUCGACCUGCUUGGGAUGAUGGAGGUACUGCCAGGCCGCUGUGUGCCCAUUGCCAAGCGUGAGCUGCUGUGGGCUGGCUCUGCUGGGCUGGCAUGCUGGCUGGCAGGAGUCAUCUUCAUUGACCGGAAGCGCACGGGGGAUGCCAUCAGUGUCAUGUCUGAAGUCGCCCAGACCCUGCUCACCCAGGAUGUGCGGGUCUGGGUUUUUCCUGAGGGCACAAGAAACCACAAUGGCUCCAUGCUGCCCUUCAAACGUGGCGCCUUCCACCUUGCAGUACAAGCCCAGGUUCCCAUUGUCCCCAUAGUCAUGUCCUCCUAUCAAGACUUCUAUUGCAAGAAGGAGCGCCGCUUCACUUCGGGGCGAUGUCAGGUACGGGUGCUGCCCCCAGUGCCCACAGAAGGGCUGACACCAGAUGACGUCCCAGCUCUGGCUGACAGAGUCCGACACUCCAUGCUCACCGUUUUCCGGGAAAUCUCCACUGAUGGCCGGGGCGGUGGUGACUAUCUGAAGAAGUCUGGAGGGGUGGGCGAGGCCCAGCUCUGAACUCCCCUCCCAUCUACCCCCACUUUCCUCCCACACCUACCAGCCCAGUGUGCCCUGAAGCAGGGCCAAGCCCUCUUCCUGUUUCUCCUCUCCCCACUGUUCCCCUCUUUGGAAUCUUCCAACUUCUGAAGUGAAUGUGGAUACAGCACCACUCCUUGCCCCUUCCCAGCUACCCCCUCCCAUAGACUCUCUUGCCUUGGUGCAUUCUCCACUCUGACCCCCCACCCACCUCCUGUGCCAUUUUGUCUGUAGGACGGUUGCCUCCCCCUCAUCUCCAGUGGCUCACCUACACGAGGAUGGGAACACACCAUCCUUUCCCCAGUGGACAUUUUUCCUUUGUGAUCUUCUCUCCCUCUCCACCCCACAUUGGCCAGUGGACUCAUCCAUUCCGUGGAACAAUACCCUCCCACAAGUCCACAGAUUCAGUGGACUUCUCCAUUUGUGUGGACUCCUCACACUGUGGCUGGAAGCAAUGCCUGGAACAUUCCUGGCUUAUCCUGGGAACACUCUUUAGCACCCUCACACUCCCUCCCGUGGAGCCUCCUGUCAGUGGAGGCUGGACUUUUCUCACACAGAGGCCUCAUCCUGCCCAUACCCAGGUGCCCAGGGGUGAGCCUACUCCUAGAUGCCAGUUUGGUCUCCACAUUUCUGCUUCCCCCUGUCCCUGUGGUACGGUUCUUCAGUGGUCCUGGCCCCAAUCCAGUCUCCUGCAGCCCUGCUGUACCAUUCUAACCACACACAAGGGAAGAGGCAGACAUCAGGUGCUGCAUUCACUUCUGCUCCCUGGGGAGUUGGGGAAAGGAACUGAACCCUGGCUAGAGGGGCUGGGAGGGCUUUUAAUUUAUUUCUCUUUUUCUUUUGAGGCUUCCCCUCUCUGAGCCAGUUUUCAUUUCCUCCCGUGGCAUUAACCACUCCUGCCUCCCACCCCAGACCUGUGCCCACAAACUAGAGAGGUGGGCUGGGAGCAAAAGGAGAGGGCGGGACCCAGUUUUGCGUGGUUGGUUUUUAUUAUCUGGAUAACAGCAAGAAACCGAGAAUAAAGACUGAGAGAGAGAGAG